AUCUAUUUCUUAUGUACUAUACUAAUAAUAUUGUGGAAGCGUUCACGGCGCGUGAGUUGCAGUAUGAUAGUGACUCCCUCCUCGCUCUGGCUGGCGUCCUAAACCACCUGCGUCGGACCGACGCCUGCCUUAAGCACGUCUGGGACAUCCCCUGGGAUCUUAACGAGAAGUAUAAUUAUGACCUUCAGGGCGGCUCCAUGUUGGCGUGCGACAUCUUCGCUACAGGACUCUGUUGGAGCCACGUCCAGAACUGUUGGGAUGACUCGGUGAAGCCUAGACGAAAGUCCACGUUCCCUAGCCAUAUGACUCCUACUUCCGUGCCCCCGUCCUGGACGUGGGCUGGGUGGGCUAGCCAGGUGGAGUGGAGAGGUCGCAGACCUAAUGGUGUAGACACACCCUAUAGUGAAGGGUUUAUGAAGUCCGUGAUACCAGAGCGUCACUUUUAUCUACAGGCAGGACCGACAUGGUAGUAUAUCCACGAUAAGCGCUGUAGCGGAAUCCGGCGAUCUAGGAGACAUGUUUCACUAUCCGAUUCUAUGCAUCAAAACUUGGGCGAUAUCUCCUCUCCCGACAAGAUCGACUUCCGAGGACCCUGGGGAUCGGGAGAAGGGAAAAUACACAAUUACCAUGUAGAUCAGGUGCGCUUAUCAGAGGGAGUAGAUUCCGAAGCCGAGCUAGCGAAAGAGCUGAAAAGAAAAGGGGCCGGUGGCGUUGUGUCGUGCUGGGAAAUCUUACAAUGGAUAUUGAUGAAGAUCAAGAUGAAGGGUGUUUUAGUGCCUUCCUACUAAUCCUCAGGAAGGAAAUAGACGAAG